AUGCGGGCCCCACCUGAUGAAUCAGCCGCCGGCGAAUCGUCUGACUGUGCAUCCGCUGACCGUGCAUCCUUCUUGUGCCUAGCUGGCGCCGGCGCUGGAGCCGGGCUCUGGAAAAACGCUAGCGGCAGCAAAACCCUGUCCACCUGGUACACUGCCAGCUGUCCAUCCGUGUACACCGUGUUCGCCAGCGUGGCAUUAGUGACACCUGUCGUGACGUUCACCGCAUUUCCCGAGGUCGUCACGUUGAGGUCGAACGAGCCCUGUCUGCCGCCAGCCUGUGUCAUAAUCGGCUGGCGGGGCACGACGUGGAACUGGACGAGCUCGACUUUUUGCUGGUCGGUGAACGAGUUGAGAAUUCCCGGUCUGAGGCUUGAGAAGGCCGAGUCUGUGGGGGCGAAGAGAGUCAUCCCUUGGUUUUGCGAGUUGUUGAGCUGCGUGUCGAUUUGGUCGGCGACUUUUGUUGUUUGUAGGAGACGGAUGAACAUUGAGUAUUGGCCGGAUUUUUCGAGGAUGGCGGUGAGGUAUCCUAUUAAGCAAGUUCAAUUUUGUAUGGAUGUGUGUUGA